AUGGGAGGAGUUUUAGUAGCUUGCAAACAACUCGCAUACUUUUAUGUUUGUUUAUCUGAUUUUUUUAUUUUUCAAAUUCUAACGAUGAUUAUCAUUUUUACACAAAUUUUAUUGUUGUUUUUGUGGGAAUGUUUUCCGAAUUCUUUGGGAAAAUAGGUGACCAACAAAUUAAAUCUAUAGGAAUCAAUUGAUUAAAAAGUUCAUUUCAUACAACUAUGGCGUAGUUACAUAUUUACUUUGAGGGAAAUGAAAUUAAUUUCGCAAAACUUGAAAAAAAUCGAAAUUUUAUUUUUGAAUAAUGACUGCGCGCGUUACGAAAUAUCGUUGUUCCUCCAAUAUUUUACUGUAUCGCUGUAAGACCAAUUUUGUGUGUUGCAAUGUGCCUUUCAUCACUUAGUGUGUACGGUACACACCAUUUAUUUUUUUAUUCUGAAAACUUCUCUUGAAACUGCGCACUAAAAACACAAUGAUGUAUACCGCAGAUUUCAUAGGACCUGAUGAUGGACAAAUGACUAAUCUAAGCAUCAGUCAGCCAACAAGCUCAAAGAAAAAGGCGAGUGAACCUAUUUUUUAAAAUGAAAAUUUAUUCAAAAAUUAAUUUUAUAGAUCUCAUUCAUCGUUCGAGAAGAACAAGAGCAACAACAUCGAUCAGCAGUCAGUGCUUUGCAAUUUGAUCAGAAUUUGAGUAGAUUAUUUACUGGUGGAAGUGAUACUAUAAUUCGUUGCUGGAAUGUGCCACAACAUAAAGAUGCAUUUUCGGCGAGAGGAGGAGUCUCGCGAUCGCCUGGCAAAAUGUGUCAAGCACAAUAUCAAGUAUCUCUAGAACAACAUACUGAUUGGGUUAAUGAUAUGAUUUUAUGUGCUCAGGGAAGGAUAUGUUAGUUUUUUUUUUGAAAAAAUAGUGGCUAAUUUAUCUCUCUUUAGUAAUUUCCGCUUCAAAUGACUCAACAAUCAAAGUAUGGAAUUUAGAAAAAGAUAAUCGACAUAGUUGUAUUAAUACAAUCCGUGCUCACAAGGUAAAAUUAUCUAUGUAACUAAAUAUAUAAAUACACAUUAUUUUCAGGAUUAUGUAAGUUGUUUGGCUUAUGCUCCAUUGGUUGAAAAAGCAGCCAGUGCAGGAUUCGACCAUAAUGUAUUUUUGUAUGAUAUUGCUAAUAACGCUAAAAUUAUUAACACAUUAAGUGGCUCAAAAGAUAGUAUUUAUUCAUUGACAACAAAUCCAUCGUGUAGUGUUGUUCUUGCCGCUGGAACAGAAAAGGUUAGUUGAAAUAUUAUUAUCAUUAUGAAAAAUGAGAUAGUUUCUAGUGUAUUCGAUUAUUUGACCCACGAACUAAUGAAAAAAUAAUGAAACUCCGUGGACACACUGAUAAUGUUCGAAGUCUUAUGGUCAGCGAUGAUGGAACUAAGGCUAUUUCAGCUGGAAGUGAUGCAACUAUUCGACUUUGGGAUAUUGGACAACAAAGAUGUGUGGCAACUUGUAUUGCGCAUCAAGAAGGAGUUUGGACACUUCAAGUUGAUUCCACUUUUUCAACUAUUUAUAGUGCUGGAAAAGAUAAAAAGGUUUUGCGGACAAGAACAAAUGAUUUCACACAAAGUCAACUUCUUUUUGAAGAGGAAGCACCUGUUAAAAGGGUUAGUUCAGUUCAAUAUUUAUGUAGUUAUUCCCUAUUUUUCAGAUACUUUUAAAUGAUCGCGAUAAUCCGACAUCAAUCUGGGCUGGAACUUGGAAUUCGAAUAUAAAAAGAUGGUCGAUUCGUCCAACUGCUCAAUUAUCAAUUGGUGGAGACGAGGAAAUGCAGAGUUCAUCUUCUGGAAUAUUUCAUUCGAAUUAUAAUUCUAGUUUUAUGCAUUCAGCUCUUCAAACAACUCCAGAAAUUGUGAUUCCUGGAGCUGCUUCCAUAAAACAAAAUAUUGUUUUGAAUGAUAAAAGACAUGUUAUAACAAGAGAUUCUGAUGGAUGUGUUUCACUUUAUGAUGUUUUGGCUGCUAGAAAAAUUGCUGAUUAUGGAAAAAGAUCAAUGGAAGAAGUCGCGAAAGAACACUUUAGGAAGGUUUUUGUGCCCAGUUGGUUUAGUGUGGAUUUCAAAAGCGGGGUGAGUUUUUUUCGGGAAAUUGAAAUAUAUGUUUCUCAUAAUAUGAUAUUAUAGAUGCUGCAAAUAACUCUUGAUGAAUUGGAUGUGUUUUCUGCUUGGCUUUCAUCAAAAGAUGCUGGAUUUGAAGAUCCGGAUAGAACUGAUACAAAAGUAAAUUAUGGAGGAAUGAUACUGCGAUCUUUAUUUGAAUAUUGGCCUCAUAAUGAUAUGGCAAAUAUUGAAGGAGAAGGAGGUGAAGACACACAAAGAGCAACUGCUAAUUAUAUUCGUUUGCCUGAUCAUACUCCAUUCAUUUUAUGGUAAGGAUUUAGAGAUUUUUGAAAAUUAAACUUUUAGAUUUAAUUUGGAUAGAGGAACACGUGGACACUUAUUUUACCCUAUGUCCUAUAUUUGAAGUUAGGUUAGGGAGUGUGAAUUGUGAUUUUGAGCAAUUUUUUUCAGAAAAAGCAAAAUGUUCAUCAAAAUUUCAGCGAAUCAAAUGGUCGCCCAUUAUUCCGUCUUCUUGUCCGAGAUGCUGAAAAAGAAACCGAAUCAGCACUUCUAGCCGAAUAUGUUCCACCUUGGGUCACUGAUGUUGUGGAACGACGACAACUUCCGAAAUUCACAAAAAUGCCAUUUUAUCUUUUACCUCAUCCAUCGCUUAAUGUAAAAACGCCCAAAAAGUUGGUGAUUUUAGCUAGAAUUUUCAGAUUUUUUAACUUGUGGAUUGUUUUUCAGAGAUCGAUUAAGUGCCACUGAAAUGCUACAAGUUCGCAAAGUUAUGGAACAUGUUUUUGAGAAGAUUUUGAAUUCAAAUGAAGGUAUUUUUGAGAGGGGGGGGGGCUUCGAGGAAAAAAUGUUUUGACAAAAAUUUUGAUUUUUUCAAAAAUCUAAUAUCAAAAGAUAUAUGUUUUCACUGGGAAAAAACGAGCAAAACUCAUUUUUUGCUCUGACUCCACCUUUAAUUUUUUCACCUCAUUAAAUUUUCCAGCCGAAUCCAGUCACCAUGUUGCAUCAAACAUCACAACAUCUACAGUACCACUUUCCCUAAUUCACACAAAACUCGAAAUGUUUUGCAAUGAUCAGAAAUUAGACCCUGAUAUGGAUUUAAGAACUGUCAAACAUUUCAUCUGGAAACAAGGCGGUGAAUUGCUACUGUAUUAUAAACCAUUGAAAAAUUGAUAUUUAUUUAAAUAUUUAUGCUUCAUUUUCUUGUUUGUUUUUUUUUCUUUUUCAGUCAACAGGUUUAGAUUCCUUGAUACUUGUUUUUUUUUCAGAAAAUUUAGCAUUUUUCAAUUAGUCUUCAAUUUAGAGAUGACGGGAAAAUUGAGAUCUGAAGAUUUUCUUCAAAUGCGAAGUGAAUAUUUGGCUGAGAGGAACUCGGAAAAUGGUGUGGAAAUAUUGAAAAAAUUGGUUCAGGUUGAUGAAGAACAAGUUGAUGAGUUAGUUUUUUGAAGGGAACUUGGGCUAAAUCGAUUGGAAUAAGAUGUUCCUGGAAAGUGCCAAUGUUCAAAAAAAAAUCUUAUUUUUUCAGAAAUGCUUGGAUUGAUUGCAAAGAUGUUCUGACCAUUAUAAUUGAAGAUAUGCCUGCGACCGAAUUAUUAUCGAAAUAUCAAAUUCUUCUACUUCAAGCAAUUCCACAUUGUCCAUCAAAUGUUAUUGAUGUUCUUGCAACAAUUUUGCAAAGAAAAUCGGAUAUUUCACAAAUUUUGAAUGAUUCUGCAAUUGCGGUUGCUGUUGCUUUUACUCGAAGAGUCAAUGAGGAAAUUUGCAAUGAAGCUGUGAGUUUUUUUUAGAAAGAAUUUAUAUAUAUUUUUCUGUGUAGAUUGCUCGACUUGUUGGGCCAAUUGCUUCGAAUGAAUUGAUUAUUGUUGAAUUGAAAGAACAACUUGAGAAUCUUCAACAAGGUUAUACAAAUUCAGAAGGGAGAUUCAGAAUUUAUCAAGUUUUGCUCGAAUCAAUCAAAGCUGAAAAAUAUGAAUCGAAUCUUGAAUUCAUUUUUAAAUCGAUAUCCGAAGAUUUGAAAAAUAAAUCAGAUGUUUUGACCCAAUUAUCAACAAUUGAAUUGCUUUCUGAUUGUUCGAUUACAAGUGCAAAAAAUGCGAAAAUUAUAAGUGAUUUGGGAUUCGCUGGAAAAGUUUAUGAUAUGUUGAUCGAAUCGAGAAACAGUCCAGAUGGCGGCUUUCUUUACACGGCGUGUAUUCGAUUUUUGGGAUCGUUGGCUAGAAAAUAUCCAGAAGCAAUUGAAACAUUCAAAGAAUUUUUGCCCCUUGUUGUGGAUAUGGUAGGUUUUUUUUAAAUUUUGGUUUGUUUAAAAUAAAUCUGAAAUAUUUCCAGAUCGCUCAUUUCGAUUUACUUGAUGCUUCUCAAAGAGUUUUAGCUUUCGAUACCUUCGCCAAUAUUUGUUAUGAAAAAUCAGCAAAACAAACAGUUGAAAGAGUGUUAUAUGGUAGGUUCUUUAUUUUUGAAAAAAACAUGUGAACUUUACGGAAAAAAAUUUUGUAGGUUCUGAUCGCCUCAAGAAGGUUUUGGGUAAUUUCGGAGCUGCAAUGAAUCACGGACCAACUGAAUUGCGAGUUCGCCAUGUUGAUGCUGCUUCAGUGAUGUUUGAAAAUAGUUAGUUAAAGGAGAAGAGGAUUUUGAGCUUGAAAUAGUCUAAAAUCGAUAAUUCUAAGCUUAGGCACUGAAAAUGUUAAAUUUCGAGAUUAUGCCACGUGGAAUUUUGUUUAGAAUUCUAAAACUUCAGGAUUCGGCGUGAAAAAUUCCACGUGAAAGGACCUCAAAAUUAGUUAAGCCUAGAUUCAAGUUAGCACAAUUCUGAGGAAAACCAAAAACAUAACCUCAUUCAUAUUUUUUUCAGUCGAUGAAGUGACUGCAAUUAAAUGGUUAGAUUUGAUGGGCGGAGCUGCAUUUUUAUCAACAAUUUUGGCAAGUCUUCAAAAACCAUUCGCCGAAAUUCGCAAUGCUUUUAUGGAUUUUGUUGAUACUCUAUUCGCAUUUUCACCGAUUGUUUUGGAAUUUAUUCGAUUUGCUGGGUUGGUUUUUUUCAAAGAAUUUAAAAAUUUGAAACUGUGAAGAAUCUGGUUUUCAGAGCUACUCUAGAUUUCUGAUAUAAAUUUCUAAAUGAAUAAUUUUCCAGAUUCAACGAAUGGCUUCUCGAUGAAAAUUCCGAAACCGAAUUCGAAUUGUCACGCAAAAAAUCACAAAUCAUUCGAAAAAUGAUCUCCAAAAAUGUCGAUGAACCCUUUUUGGAUGCCGAAUUUCUUCUCAAACUCAAAGCAUAUUUAUUGCCAAAAUCGACUCAACAACCACAAGUUGAACUCGCUUUGUAG